AUGCUUACUUAAAGAAUUAACGAUUAAGCUUAAAGUGUUAGCCAAAAUAGAGGAGUAGGAAACAUGAGAGUAAAUUUAAACUCCGUAAAUCCUUACUUUCAGUACGAAACCAUUUCAAAAGGCGUUAAGGAUGAAAGAUUAGGCAAUAAUUAUAAAUACACUUAAAACAGUCUUUAAAAUUACAGCAUGAAUGAUAUGGAUAUACACAGAGUCAGUAAUGCGAACAAAAUUAAUCUGCAAAGUAAUGAUUUACUUCAAUACAAAAAGUUAUUGCCUCCCAAUUAAACUGAAAGAACGUACACCAAUACAUCUUCUCUCAGUAUUCCAUUAAAUAAUAUUUCGCAGCAAGCAGACUAGCGUAGAAGUGAUUAAAUGCUGGCAAUUCCUUCUAUUGUUUGUUUUAAUUGCUCAACAGCUCUUCAUUUAAACGAAUUAAAGCAACAUCAUGCAGAUAGAUGUGUGAGAGAAAAUCCACAAAUUGAUGGAUUAGAUUUAAAUAAAGCACUCAAACAAAUAGAUAAUAAAUUAGAAAGAAUUAAUGCUUACUUUGCAUCACUUUUAAAAGAGUAAAAACUACUUGAAAUUAAAGAAAGAAGGGCUUUAGUUUUAAAAGAAGUAAUUCAGAGAGCAUUGCAUUGCGACAACUAAUCAAUCUUUACUUAACUCUAAACUGAGUUAGAAUAAGAAUUCCCUUCCUCAUUUUCAUAAAUCCUCUCUGAUUAUCUUUCUUGUCAUGCUCAUCAAAUCAAGAACAUUAUUAAACUUAAAUUGUCAGUACUAUCUAAUACUUGCAAAUCAACCUCUCCAUUAAAACUGAAUACUUCAAAUAAUAAUUUUUAUUUGCUCCAAAACUUCAACUCAGCUCUUCCCAGCUAAAGUCAAAGAGUGCAAAGUGAAGCCACUCCCAGAAAUUUAGUUUUAAACAACACUGAAAUGAAUAUUUAAAAACCUACAUUUUCAGAUCAGGGAUUCCUUUCCCCUUAAUCGAAUUCUAAACAACUGCAGGGAAUUUUAAAAAAACCUGAAGUUAAUGUGAAUGCUGAUAGUAAAAAUUUAAAUCUAUUCAACAAAUAUCUUUCUAAUUAGCUAUAAACAAUAGUCAAUGUUUAAAAAAAUGAAAUCAAAAAUGAUAAUCAAAAAGGAAACACAAAAAGUAUCUCUUAACCAAAUCAAAGCGCCGUAAAUCUGGAAAGUAAUUCAAGCGCGUCUUAUUAUUUAUUAUCACAAUCUAAUGCUAAUUUAAAUUAAGUAAAUAAUUUUUCUACAACACAGCAAAACAUAAAAUACAUCCCUACAUUUCAAAUAAAUCUAAACUAAUAAAAUAUCAAUAACAAUUAGUCUAUAAGUAACCCUGCUUCAAGCAGUAGAAAUAAUUUGAAUGUCAAAGACACCAGCAAUAACUAAUCUAAAAUUUUAUAAGAAUACUACCAAAAUUAAUAAACACCUGCAAAUUAAAAUGCUUUAUCACUGAGUACUCUCAACUAAAAUAACAAUUCUAUCAAUAGUAAUCAGCUAACUUAAAUGAAUGGAUUGAAUUCUCCUUAAAGGUUUACCUUUGCAAAUAAUUAAUCAUAAACGUUUUAAAACACCAUAGAUACUACUAAUUCGCCAUAUCUUUUAAUUAAUCAACCAAGUUUUAGCACAUAGAUAUCUAAUAAUGGAAGCUAAUCAGCUUCUUUAGCUGAAAAAACUAGCAUGGGACAAUAACAAUUAUUCUUUCCUCCUUAACUACAUCUCAAAUAAAAUAGCUACGAAUACACCAGCAAUAAUAGCACUAAAUAAAGCCUAUCAACAAAUACACCUAGCAGUUAUCAAAAUAAAAAUACUGAAAAUAAUAAUAAUAGUAAUAGUAAUAUUAAUAUCUAUAGCAGCAGGUUAGUUAUGUAAAACCAGUAAAGAAGUGUUUCCCCUUAAUUUAAUUUGGCAUAGCAGUCACUUUAGAACUAACACGAUGAAAAAAUUAAAAAUUAUUUAUUAACUGAUAGGAUGGCAGACAAAUUAUCUUCGCCACAGAAUAAUCUAUUAUAUCCAAAGCCAUACUUUAAUUCUCCUUAAGCUUUUAAUAAUAACCAAUAAGAAUUAGUAUUAAAGAAUAUAACCUAAAAUGACUAGUAGUAGCAAUAAUAACAGCAAGGUCGCUCGUUUAAAAGUUAAAGAAUUCUUAAUUUCGACAUCAAAGAUUUAGGUAAAAUAAAUGUAGAACCAAAAGCAAAUAAUUUUGAAGAAAGUGUAAAAAAAAGUUUAAAUUCAAAUAAUUGUUCAACUUAUUAAACUUCGAUCUCAACAGACUAGGUGAGUUCUCAGUCAAUUUCACUUUCAAAAAAUGAAUUGAUAAAUAAGCUGAUGAAAAAGUAAAAGGAUUUGUAGAAUUUGUAAUUGCUUUCUUAAUAGUUAAAAUCAACUUAUGAGAGCCAUCAAGAAGAUUUAAACAAGGUCUACAGUAUUAAUCAAUUCAGUAAAUCCAAAUCCCCAAAUCCUUCUCAAAGGUAGCAGGUUUCUCAUAACUCAAGUAUCGCUAAUUAUAAUAAUGAAAACAUACAAUCCAUCUUAUUGAAACAGUAGAUUUCCAGUAAUAGUAACUCUACUGAAAUUACUCAAAUACUUUCUCCUGGCUAUGUUGGCUCAAUGAAUGAGAUUUUAAGUGAAGAAGACAAAAAUUUGCAAUCUAUUUUUUACAAUAUAUGUUUAACAGAAAAAAUGAACAUUCCUAAAAACCAUCUUGCCCAUAAAUUGCCAAUAAGCUUGCUUUUCAAAGAAGCUUUGGAAAUGAAUAUCAAAGGCGAAGAAUAAAUGAGAUAUUUCAUUCAGUAUGCCUUCGAAAACGCCACAACCUACAUUGACAUAGAUAAAUUAAAAAAAUCUAAUAAAAACUAAAUUUUUAAAAACAAUCUCGCAAACAAGUUACUGACGUAGUUAAAUUAGUGA